CGGAGACUGCGGCGAGGCGGCGGUUGUCGUCGUCGUCCGAGCGAGUGUCGGUUCCUCCCUCAGUCGCUGAGGGAUGCAGAAGCGGAGGCAGUGGUGGCGGCGGCCCCGCCCGACCCACAGUGAUGAUACCAUGAUCACAUAUUCUGCUAUUCCAAAGAUGGGUUGCUGUUACUGAUGGGAAGAAAUCCAAUAUGAGUGGAAAUGAUGUUGGAGGAAGAAGACGCUUUGAAGACAGUGAACAUACACUACAUAUAUAUCCUGGGAGCAUUGCUGAAGGGACCAUCUAUUGUCCUGUUAUUGCACGAAAAACUUCCACUGCUGCUGAGGUGAUAGACUCUCUGAUCAACAAGCUUCAGCUGGACAAAACAAAAUGCUACGUCUUGGCAGAGGUGAAGGAGUUUGGUGGGGAAGAAUGGAUCCUCAACCCCACAGACUGUCCUGUCCAACGCAUGAUGUUGUGGCCUCGUAUGGCACUAGAGAAUCGUUUGAGUGGAGAGGAUUACCGCUUUCUUCUAAGGGAGAAGAAUCUCGAUGGGUCAAUACAUUAUGCCAGCCUUCAGUCCUGGUUGCGAGUGACAGAAGAGCGACGCAGGAUGAUGGAACGUGGCUUCCUUCCUCAGCCACAGUACAAAGAUUAUGAUGACCUGUGUGCUUUGCCAGAUCUAAAUGAAAGGACGCUCUUGGAAAACCUUAGAAAUCGCUUUAAGCAGGAAAAAAUUUACACAUAUGUUGGGAGCAUACUAAUCGUUAUUAAUCCAUUUAAAUUUCUCCCCAUUUACAACCCCAAAUAUGUCAAAAUGUAUGAUAAUCAUCAACUAGGGAAGUUGGAGCCCCACAUUUAUGCAGUGGCUGAUGUAGCAUACCAUGCUAUGCUUCUACGUCGCAAGAACCAGUGCAUUGUCAUUUCUGGAGAAAGUGGGUCUGGGAAAACACAGAGCACAAACUUCUUGAUUCAUCACCUCACUGCUCUUAGCCAAAAAGGAUUUGCUAGUGGAGUCGAACAAAUCAUUCUUGGAGCGGGACCAGUGCUUGAGGCUUUUGGGAAUGCAAAAACAGCACACAAUAACAACUCAAGUCGCUUUGGCAAGUUUAUCCAAGUUAAUUAUCAAGAGACUGGCACAGUCCGUGGAGCUUAUGUUGAAAAAUAUCUACUAGAAAAAUCCAGACUAGUCUAUCAGGAACAUAAUGAGAGGAACUACCAUGUAUUUUAUUACCUUUUGGCAGGCGCAAGUGAGGAAGAGAAGUCAGCAUUUCACCUUAAACAACCUGAUGAAUAUCAUUACCUUAAUCAGAUGACAAAGAAACCCCCCAAAGAGAGCUGGGAUGACUGUUACUAUGAGUCUGAGCCGGACUGUUUUUCUGUUGAAGGGGAAGACUUGAAACACGACUUUGAGCGUUUGCAGCUAGCUAUGGAGAUGGUGGGCUUUCUUCCCAAGACUCGCAGACAGAUUUUUUCCCUCUUGUCGGCUAUACUACACUUGGGUAAUAUCUGUUACAAAAAGAAAACCUACCGAGAUGAUUCCAUUGAUAUCUGUAACCCAGAAAUCCUACCUGUUGUCUCGGAGCUACUAGAGGUGAAAGAAGAAAUGUUGUUUGAAGCACUGGUUACAAGAAAGACUGUGACAGUUGGGGAGAAGCUUGUCUUACCAUACAAGCUGGCAGAGGCUGUUACAGUCCGGAAUUCCAUGGCUAAAUCUUUGUACAGUGCAUUGUUUGACUGGAUAGUUUUUAGAAUUAACCACGCACUUUUGAAUACCAAGGACCUAGAGGAGAGCACCAAGACUUUAUCCAUUGGAGUACUUGAUAUUUUUGGGUUUGAAGAUUAUGAAAGCAAUAGCUUCGAACAAUUCUGCAUUAAUUUUGCAAAUGAACGUUUACAGCACUAUUUUAACCAACACAUCUUUAAAUUGGAGCAAGAAGAGUACAGACUUGAAGGCAUUAGCUGGCAUAACAUAGACUACAUAGACAACUCUGGUUGUAUAAACCUCAUCAGUAAAAAACCAACAGGAUUGCUCCAUCUGCUGGACGAAGAAAGCAAUUUCCCACAAGCAACGAAUCAAACACUACUAGACAAAUUUAAGCGCCAGCAUGAAGGGAACCUCUACAUAGAAUUUCCAGCUGUGAUGGAACCUGCUUUCAUUAUAAAACAUUAUGCUGGAAAAGUUAAAUAUGGUGUGAAGGAUUUCCGAGAAAAAAAUACAGACCAUAUGCGACCAGAUAUUGUGGCACUCCUAAGAAGCAGCAAAAGUGCCUUUAUCUGUGGAAUGAUAGGGAUUGAUCCUAUUGCUGUGUUCCGCUGGGCAGUCCUCAGAGCUUUCUUCAGAGCUGCGGUUGCAUUUAGGGAGGCUGGAAGAAGAUACACUGAAAAGAAACCUGGGCAUGAUGAUGCGGUUUUGAAAAGUGUGGAUAGUUUUAGCUUUCUCCAUCACCCAGUUCAUCAGAGGAGCUUAGAGAUUCUGCAGAGAUGCAAGGAGGAGAAGUACAGUAUUGCCCGAAAACACCCAAGAACACCCCUUUCAGACCUUCAGGGAGUUAACACUAUCAAUGAGAAAACUCAGCGUGACACAUAUGGAGUUUACUGGAAUAACAGGAUAGGUGUCCAACAGAGCCGACUAUCCAGCCAUAGCAGUUUACUUGAUAAAGAUGGAAUAUUUGUGAAUUCAACUAAUAGCAAGCUUCUGGAGAGAGCCCACGGCAUUCUGAUGAGAAACAAAAACUUUAAAGCCAAACCUAAUCUUCCAAAGCACUUGCUGGAUGUGAAAUCACUCAAGCACCUUGCAAACUUGACUCUACAUGACCGUAUCACAAAAUCUCUCCUCCAUCUUCACAAGAAAAAGAAGCCGCCAAGCAUCAGUGCACAAUUCCAGGCAUCACUUACCAAACUGAUGGAGACUCUUGGCCAGUCAGAGCCCUACUUUGUCAAGUGUAUUCGUUCCAAUGCUGAAAAGCUUCCUCUGAGAUUCAGCGACAACUUGGUGCUUAGGCAGCUGCGGUACACAGGAAUGUUAGAGACGGUGCGCAUUCGGCAGUCAGGGUACAGCUGUAAAUAUUCUUUCCAGGACUUUGUAGACCAUUUCCAUGUGCUUCUUCCACGAGGCACUAUCCCAUCUAAGCAAAACAUCCAAGAUUUCUUCAGGAGAACUAAGACUGACCCUGACAAUUACCAAGUGGGGCGGAUGAUGGUUUUCAUGAAGGAGCAGGAGCGACAGCUUUUACAGGGCCUGCUGCAUGAGGAGGUGCUGCGAAGGAUCACCCUACUGCAGAGCUGGUUCCGUACUAUGCUCUAUAGAAGGCAUUUUCAUAAUUUGAGGCAGGCAGCUGUUGUUAUACAGAAAAGUUGGCGUCUUUAUUUGUUAAGGAAGAAAGCUGAAUCUGAAGACACCCCAGAUAAUUCAGUCUAUUUAGACAAGGCAGCGAUUGUUCUUCAGGCCCACUGGCGAGGCUGGAUGGCAAGGCGAAGAUUCCAGCAGAUGCGGAUGGCAGGCUUUAUUAUCCAGAGGUCUUGGCGGGAAUGUCUGAGACGCAGGCAUGCUGCAGCUACUAUCAUCCAGGCAAAAUGGCGAAGCUGCCAUACCAAGAGUGUCUAUAGGUAUAAAAGAAACAAAGUAAUUUUGUUGCAAGCAGCAUAUAGAAGAUACAGAGCACAAGAAAGGUUUAGAAAUUUAAAGGAGCAGAGCUUAAAAAGAACUCCACUGAAAAAUGGACUCACAAUUAAAGAAGAUGAUGGACUGGAACAAGGGAAUGGCUUGAACAUUAAGGAUACAGAUCCCUCUGAAUGGGAAGAUUGUUCAUUUGAAGAGAGAGUGAAAGCUGUAGAAAAGCAUAAAUCAGGGAUGGAAAAUAGAGUAAGUGAAAUAGAUCCCUUGGAUAAUUCUGGGAUUUCAUUAUAUAAACACCAUGAAAGAGCCAACAGCCAGAGUGGAACAAACAUGGAAGAGCAAAUUGUUGUGAGAGAGAGACCAAAGUCACUGGAAGACCUGGAUCAGAAAAAAGGAGUUCGUGCAAAACGAGAGAGCCGGCGGAUGCGUGAAUUGGAACAAGCAAUUUUCAGUUUGGAGUUGCUUAAGGUUCGGUCCACUGGUGGGUCAUCGCCAUCAGAGGAGCACCAGUGCUCCCCUGAGUUUAUUUCUGAAGAGAUUCACUCUCCCCGGGGAACACCAGAGAGUGAAAGCUCUCAAGGAAGUCUAGAGAUGCUGAGCCAUGAAGAGAUUCAGAAAGGGAAGUGGGAUCCUAUGUUGCUGCAGGAGCAUGAUGCCCAACUUUUUCCUAGAAACUUGUUACCGAGUAGCCCUCAACUGGACGAUGUUCAAGGCAUGCCAAUCUUUGCUGCUGAUGUAAAUAGCAAUGUGCCAGAUAGAAAACAGUCAGUCUCAAGUUCUGAAUUACCAGAGUGCCUUGCAACUAAAGAGCAGUCAGUUUGUGACCCCCAGAGAAUAAUGCAUAAUGUACACACAAGAGAACCACUAAUUUCAAGCAGUCUCCCUACAUUUUACCUGCCUCCACAGGACAAUCUGAAGUCUGGUCAUUCAGUGAUACAGAACAAUUUAAGGAACAAACAAAUGGAAACGGGGCGCACAUUUUUGUUUCCAGAAGUAAAGAAGAAUGCUAAAUUGGAAAAUCAAGAGCAAAGCUAUCAUGGGGAGUGUGAGCCUUCCUUCAGUAAAGAAGAUGGCUCAGCUCUUAAAGCGUCAGAGAUUCCUUCUUCAGAUUCUGUUAUCAAGAAGCUGGAGAAGCUCAAUGUGGAGAAAGAGGAGCGUAGGAAACAAAAACAACUGCAGAAUGAGAAAGAAAUGAUGGAGCAGAUACGGCAGCAGAAGGAAAUUUUAGGGAAACAGCGUAAAGUUUUUGAAGAGCUUGAAAGGCAAGAGAACGAACAGAACAGGAUCAGAGAGUCCUCCCAAGGAACCUCACUCAAAUCACCAAAGAAAACAACUGGGCCUCAGUCAGUCCUCAUUGUGAAUCCCCAGAACAGAGGGAAACAUUGCCUUGGAAAAAAUUCAGAGCCCACAACUUCUUUGAAUAGUACAGCUCUCACUGCCAUAAAAAAAGGAAGCCCACCUGCCAGCCAGUUGACCCAAAAGGAAAGGACUGUCAUCAUGAUCCUGGAACAAAAGGAAGGUCAAGUUCCAGUGGCCAAGGAAGGGUCAGCCAGUACGGAACAGUUAAAUUCACAGAUGGCUGCUGAGUCUCAGGAAGGCUUGAAGAAUCCAUCUGCAAGGGAGAAGCGGUUCAGGUUGCCCAGAAUUCCUAGCCAGGGCACUGAAAACUCAUCCAGUGAAACUAGAGUUGGUUCCAUUUUCUUUACCCCAAAGGACAGUUACAUGGGCAUUAGCAAAGUAUCUUCAACUCAUCAGUUGGUUUCAAAAGAAGAACAUAAAAAGCCCCUAAAGAUUUCUGGACCUGGUAAGGGAGAGGUUGCCAGACCAGCCCAUAAAAAGAAAGCCCGCAUGGCACGGACACGCUCCAAUUUCUUGACUAGAGGUGCUUUUGCUGAUUGGGAGGGGGAUACAGAGGAAGAGGAUUGCGAUGACAGUUUUGAAUUCCUUGUCUCCCUUGACCAACCUCCUCACCCUGAGUCCAUCUGUCCAGCCAGACUUGGGCAGCCCUGUCACAGUGACUCUGAAAUGAUGCUGCAGAGAUUCACAUCAAGUGAAGGUCAAGCAAAACUCCACAAAACAAUGUCUCAAGGAGAGAUUGGAAAGCUGGCAUCUUCACAGAAGAUAAUUGCUACAGAUGGGAGACCUCAAAGAGCCAAGAUGAAAUUCUGGGGGAAGGGGAGACAGGGAGAGAAGAAAAUAAGCCGGGAGAAGCUUGCUACCCAGUCAGAGCUGUUGGAAUUCUAUUCAGGUCAAGAUUUUACAGGUCUACAGCUUGAAGAAGAGCUAACUCCCCCAAGGAGUCCUGAAUUGUCUGGCAUUUAUCGAAGGGAAUGCAAGGAAAACAAAGAGCCAUCUCCCAAGGUGAAGCGAAAGCGCAGCCUGAAAAUCAGCAGUGUAACUAUGGAACCUGCUCAGUGGCAGAAUGAUGGUCUUCAGAUCAUAAGCAGUGUCAGAGACUUGAAAAGCAUGGAUGAGUUUCUUUUGAAAAAGAUGAAUGAUCUGGACAGUGAAGAUUGUAAAAAAGACACAAUGGUGGAUGUUGUCUUUAAAAAAGCCCUGAAAGAAUUCCGACAAAAUAUUUUCAGUUUCUACUCUUCAGCUUUGGCAGUGGGUGAUGGAAAUAGCAUCCGGUACAAAGACUUGCAUGCCCUUUUUGAACAGAUUCUGGAGAAAACAAUGAAGUUUGAACAAAGGGACUGGAAUGAAUCCCCUGUUGGUGUCUGGGUCAAUACUUUCAAGGUGUUUUUGGAUGAAUAUAUGACAGAAUAUAUGCCUCAAGAUUACACUGCCUCAAAGAUGACAAAAACAGAAAGAAAGAAGAGACGGAAGAAGGAAGCAGAUGUUGUUGAAGAACAUAAUGGGCACAUUUUUAAGGCCACUCAGUACAGCAUACCCACUUACUGUGAAUUCUGUUCCUCUUUGAUUUGGAUAAUGGACAGAGCCUCUGUUUGCAAAUUAUGCAAGUAUGCCUGCCACCGAAAGUGCUGUCUCAAAACCACAACAAAGUGCUCCAAAAAGUAUGAUCCUGAGAUUUCUUCACGACAAUUUGGAGUUGAACUCUCCCGUCUGACCAGCGAAGAGCGAACAGUGCCAGUAGUGUUUGAAAAGCUUACUAGCUAUAUAGAAAUGCAUGCACUGUACACAGAGGGCAUCUACCGAAAAUCUGGAUCAACCAAUAAGAUUAAAGAGCUGCGACAGGGACUUGACACAGAUAUUGAGAACAUAAAUCUUGAUGACUACAACAUCCAUGUCAUUGCCAGUGUGUUCAAGCAGUGGCUAAGGGAUCUGCCUAACCCUCUCAUGACAUUUGAACUUUAUGAAGAAUUUCUGCGAGCGAUGGGCUUGCAGGAGAGGAAGGAGGCCAUCCGUGGUGUGUACUCUGUCAUUGAUCAGCUGUCUCGAACUCAUCUUAAUACCUUGGAACGGUUGAUCUUUCACCUUGUCAGGAUUGCUCUGCAAGAGGAGACAAACCGAAUGUCUGCUAAUGCGCUGGCUAUUGUAUUUGCUCCAUGCAUUCUUCGUAGUCCUGACACCACGGACCCUUUGCAGAGUGCUCAGGAUGUCAGCAAAACCAUCAGCUGUGUGGAACUGAUAGUUGUUGAGCAAAUGAAUAAAUAUCGGGCUCGCCUCAAAGAUAUCAGCAGUCUAGAGUUUGCAGAGAACAAAGCCAAGAGCCGACUGUCGUUGAUUCGCAGGUCAAUGGGUAAAGGGCGCAUACGUCGAGGGACCUAUCCAAGCCCCACAUCCCCAGCUGCAGUUCGGUUACCGUCCGUGUCAGAUGUUUCUGAAGAAGCACUGAGUAGUGAGGAAGCAAUGGAGAUGGAUGUCACAGAACAGCAGCAAGUAGCUAUGCAGCAGGAAGAAAGGGUGCUGACAGAACAAAUUGAAAGCCUGCAGAAAGAAAAGGAAGAGUUAACUUUUGAGAUGCUGGCACUGGAGCCACGAGUGUCUGAUGAUGAAACUCUAGAAUCUGAGGCUUCUAUUGGCACAGCAGAUAGCUCUGAAAACCUGAACUUUGAUUCUGAAGGAGCCAUCUCAGACAGAUCAGAUAGAAGUUUAGCACUUGGCUUGGCAAGACCCAGCAAAGCAGAGCCUCUCAGUACCACCAGAUCUCGACAGCAUCUGAGAAAACAGCAGGAAUCCGUGGAUUCAGUGGACUCCUCAGUUUCUUCUCCUGCUGUGUCACCAUCCUCCUCUUCCUCCUCCUCCUGCUUACCUCAUGUCACUAGGAAACGAUUCCAGAUAUACUCCAAGUCACCUUUCUACCGAGCCUCUCCCUCUGGAGGUGGUGCCACAGUUGAGCCAUCAACAGGCCUCAUUAAGGGUUUGGAUGACAGGCCACAGUUCACCACUAGAGGGACAUUCAAUCCUGAGAAAGGCAAGCAGAAACUGAAGAAUGUGAAAAACUCUCCCCCCAAAGCCAAAGAGCUCCCUGAGGGGGCUGCUGGGACAGGCAGGAAGAGACACCCAGAUGCUGCUGAUUACACUAGUCCUCAGCAGCUAGUGCUGCUUGGAAAUAAUGAGUUCAUGGUAUGAGCCAAUCCAUUGCGGCAUCAAAAAUAUCUCAUCCUAGCUAUCACCAUCUGUUGCCACCUCCAUUGUCAGAACUUCUGCCAUUCCUCAAGUCAGCUUAUCCUCCUCACUCAUUGCUUGGAACCCCAGCAUUGCAUUGCCAGUGCAGAAGAGAGGAGGCCAACAGUUGAACACAAGCCAAAUGGAGAAAAGUUCAGUUCUGGCCUUAACUGACUUUAACUUCUGGAACUCAAUGAACUUUGUUUGUCAGGCUGGGAAUGGAUAGUGAGACUGCAAAGGUGUGGGGAUAAUGGCUGGUGAGCUGGAACCAUGAUUUCCAUCAGUCCCUGGUUCUGUCUUCUAUAGGCAAGGGAAUGUGCUCACCAGCAGGAACAUUCAGAGGUCUGUUGGAGUUCAGGGAGCUAUUCUUGAUCCUGAUUGUCAGAGCUGCUGACUUUGCAAUUGGGUAUUUGCACUGGGAUCAACAAGCAUGGACCUUCUUAGGAGAGGAAGCCGAGCCCUUUGUUGAGAGCUAUUUAUAAUGCACUCCAUAGUGUUGUGGGAUGAUAUAAAAAAUACACAUUUCCACUCAAGCACUUCUCAGACAUCCACCAGGUACAAACCUGUUGUGGGAAAUAAUUAUUUGUUUUGUUUCUUUGUUUCCUUUCAAGCUUCUAUGUUUCAUAAUGUUUGAAUAACCAAUGCCAGUUUGAUUCCAGAUAGGUCAAAGCCAAAUAUUUGUGCCGAAUUUCCAGUAGCCAUAACCACAAUGUUUCCUGUGUUCUCCAGGCACAGGAACAGAUUUCAGAAGACAAAAGAAACAUUCGGCGGUAGAACCCUUGUUUUUGUGACUGUGUCCCAAAUACUCUGUGCUGCUGGUUAAGCAUAUAGUUUGCAAAUUCUGUCAGACAGGAAAAAACAUCCCACUUAGAAUUGUGUGGAGCAGCAGUAAAGAAGGCUGCUGUUAGUAUGACUGUUGAGUGAUUUCACAACACGUACUUUGCUGAACAUCAGUAUUAAACAAAGGCACAAAAAACCCGCAAUCCUCCAUACUACUUGAAGCUCUUCAUUAGUAUUAUGGUUACUGAAGUUAAAUGUAAAUAAAACAUCUUAUUUUUUUAACUUUUCUUUUCCACAAUGUGGGACUUUUAAAAAAAAAAUCUGGGCCAUUCAAGCCAGAAAGAAAAAAAGGGGGGAAAGUAUAAGAUACUAGAUCUCUUUGCUAUAAGGAAUGGUUGUUAUUUUCUGCCAGUUCUGUGCAAUCACAGCAUCUGGAAGUUUGCCCUUCUAAUUUAAGUACUGUGAAUGUCUAGGAAGAGUCCUUCUUCACAUUGGCAGUAAGGUCUGUAUUUUUUAAAACUUGUCCUUUUGAAAGCUCUUUCCCCUCUCUCCAAGAGAGCAUUUGAUAGCACCAUAGCCCCUGUUGUAACUACAUAGUUAAAAACACUUAUUGGGGUGAGGUUUGUUCAGCUGGCUGUCAAGUUAUGUACCCUCCUUACAAAUGUAGCUGCAAUUUAAACAAAUUAAUAAAUGCAUUUGUUGAAAAUGUUGAACAGGGAUAGCAGGUCAUGAUUAUAUCCAUAAAACUGGGACAUUUGAAAUCCUUUGCAAACCACAUCCACCUUUAGUUCAGUGGCAAUCAGAUUCAGAGGUUGGAAACAUUACCUUUUUUAACUUCAGCUCCCAGAAUCUCCCAAGCAUCAUGCUGUCUAGGGACACUGUGGAAGAUUUAAUCUAAAAAUGUGAUGUCUCCAAGCUCUGAGUUGGAUCGUAACAAGUCAUUUCCAAUAGGAGGUUUGACGGAAUGAAAAUCACUUGUGAGUUAACUGCUUAAAACCAACCCAGAAUAAACACAACUAUCCCCUUCAGAUUCAACUAAGGUUUGCAUGUCAUCAUUUGCUCUGGAGCCCCAGUUUCAAUAAUUUCACCCCCAAUAAUAGAUCUUGACAUGUUUGAUGUGUGGACAGGCUAGCUUUACAGUUUCAAAAACCAAAGCUGAAUAUAUUCAGCAAACCAACUCCAGUGCUAUUGUUGAUCAGCAUUAUGGGCAGUAAUGUACCUUUAAAAAAACCCUCAGUCUUUUCAAAUCUUGAGAUUUAUAAUUGAAAUUUCACUAUAAAGAGGCCUUAUUAGAGAAGUGAAAUAGUAUCUUCAGUGAUUGUGGCUAGCACUUGCUCUCAUAGUCAGAGCCUGUCUAGCAGCUUCAAUCCAAGCCAAAGUAGUGCAUUCAAGAAUAACCAGCUGGUUAAUGUGCUGGAAAGCACUAGGCUUUGCAUACACUCCAAGUGGGCUAGUUCUCUCUUCUUCCAAUGCAAACCUCUCUUUCUCCAGGGGGAAGGAUGGGUUACAAUAGAAAGCAGUUUCUUGCUUCGGUUUGCAAAGAUUUCUAAAAGAAUAAACUUUUAGUGGCAGUGCAAAGGGGUGUCUCCCUGCAGUGGCAUCACAAGGGGUGUGAGGCCCACAUCGGGUAACAACCCAGAAGAGGGGUGACUGUGGAGUGAGAAGAGCUUUCUCUGUGGCAGCUUUGGCCUCCUCAUGAGGAGGUCUUUGCGUGCCCUUCCUGAUUUUGCAGUGGUGGCAGCCUCCUUGCAAGGAGACCACCACAGCGAAGGAGAGAGCAAAGAGCGCCACUCCACAUUUUGCUGCAGCAGGGAGACUGCUGCCUCCAUCACAGCAAAGGAGAGGGCUGAGCAGACCCUUUUGGUCACCACAGCUCCCCCACAUACACCAGAUGGCACCAGGGAUGGGGAUGCCACUACAGAUGGAAUUGGGGAGGAGCAAGAUGUCCCACCUUGCUGUUGUGCGUGGUUUUGAUUUAUAUUUUUGUGUUUCAUGAGUAAAACCUUGCCCUUGUGACAUGCACAGUUGGAAUGAUUGUGCAUGAGCUACCAGUUUUUAACAUUAGGGAUCAUUCCUGUUUCAUCCAGCCUAUCCAGCAUUACAAGUGUGCUUUUGAAAGCUUCAUGAGAAUUAGAUUUUUCUCUAGGGAAAAACACCUUAUUGUCAUCCAGCAUCAUGGUCACUGCAGUGAUACGUUCAGUGUUCUUCAAAUUGUGUCCCCUCCGUGAUGUUCCUGAUUGGUUCAGAUUGAGGUUAGAUUGUACUCUGAAGAGAUAUGACAAAGCGGAGAAGGAGCCAUUGGUAAGAUUUGGCCAGUACCCAUUGACACUGAACCAGAUAACAGAUCCCGAAAGGGCAUCCAUUUCACCCCUUCUUUCAUUUUAUUCCAGACUAAACUCCCUCCCCUUUACCCUAAAACCACGCAAUACAGUCAACACAUCACAAAAAUGCUUAGGUGCUCCAUUUGUGCAGUGAAGAUCCUUGGAAACUUGUUUCCUAAUCCUUGAAGAACAACCAGCUGAUCAUGUGCUGGAAAGCACUAGGUUUUGCAUACACUCCAGAUGGGCUAGUUCCCUUUUCUUCCAGUGUAAAGCUCUCUUGUCAGCAAUGACCCUGGGGUAAGGAUGGGUCCAACUGAGACUUUGUUUGUGAAUAUGGGCAGCAGAAAGAAAUGCUGCUUCUUGGGAGAAAAAAAUCCCCGUCCAUGUUUCUGCCUGUCACCUGUCUUCCAGGUUUGCAGCUGUUCUUUCUUCACCUUCCCCAGCACAGCCUGUAAGCAUGGGCUCCCAACCCUUGUUUCACUCCAUGGUAUUAAGUGAAUGUACUCACCACUAGGAAGGACAUUGGCUGCAUAUAAUUAUUUUUAAUGGAAAUUUUUAAAAUAAUUUAUAAGUAUACUGAGUGUAAAUUUUAAAAGCAGACUAUGUAUUGUAAAAGGAUAUAUUGUCCUGUGUCAUAUUCUAUAAUUUUUACUUGUUUAAAGAACUCUGUCAAGGAAAAUGCUUUAUUUUGCUCACUGAACUGGGUGGCUUGCAGUGAUGCAGUCAACCAACACGUUGUAAGUUCAUGUCUGGAAGUUUCUUUAAUGUUUUUUUAAAAUUAAUGUUAUUUUUGUUUUCCUUUUCUGGAACAAGGCCGUCAUAUUUAAAGUGCAAUUUGUGUAAUAUUUCGUAAAUAUACUAUAAGGCUGUACAAAAACAACUUUAUGAACAAAUAACCCUUAGCUUAUUAAAGAACAAAGCAAUGGCAAACAAAAUGAUAGUAGCAAAUAUGUUCC